CAGUUUUUAAUGAGAAAGUAGAGUGAAAAAUGACAAAGAAAGGUUAGAGAGAGAAAGUAGUGGGCAGUGUUCUCUUUUUACUUCAAAACUUUCUUCUUUCAGCUCAUAGAGGGUGCGUAGGAUAAGCUCAUCAUAGAGCAGAGAGCAGAGAGCAGAGAGAAGAUUAAGCUUUGCUAAUUAGUAAUGCUUUUGAAAGAUUAAAUCUUUUGAGUUUCUUGAGUGGGUUUUUGAUUAAUGAGCAAGAUGAUGGUUCAGUCCAGAAGUUUGCUAAUGUUGGUGUUCUGGUUAAUGGCUGUCUUUUCAUUCAGUUGCUCAGCUAGAUUAGGUGUCGAAAGACAGAAAUUUGAAGUGAAAAAACACUUGAAUCGCUUGAACAAGCCUGCUCUUAAGACCAUUCUGAGCCCAGAUGGAGAUAUAAUGGACUGUGUGGAGAUGGCUCAUCAGCCUGCUUUUGAUCAUCCUUUCCUCAAAGACCACAAGAUCCAGAUGAGGCCUAGUUAUCACCCAGAAGGACUAUUUGAUGACAACAAAGUUUCUAAAGAAUCAAAACAAGGAACAAAGCCAUUAACUCAGCUGUGGCAUGCUAAUGGUAAGUGCCCUGAGGGAACUAUACCCAUUAGAAGAACAAAAGAAGAGGAUGUUUUGAGAGCCAGUUCAGUUAAAAGGUAUGGGAAGAAGAAGAGAAGAAGCAUCCCAAAACCAAGGUCUGCAGAUCCUGAUCUCACCAAUGAAAGUGGCCACCAACAUGCCAUAGCUUAUGUGGAGGGGGACAAGUACUAUGGAGCAAAGGCUACCAUUAAUGUAUGGGAACCCAAAAUCCAACAGCCUAAUGAGUUCAGCUUAUCUCAGCUCUGGAUAUUGGGAGGCUCUUUUGGUGAAGAUCUCAACAGUAUUGAAGCUGGCUGGCAGGUGAGCCCAGAUCUAUAUGGUGACAACAACACAAGGCUUUUCACCUACUGGACUAGUGAUGCAUAUCAAGCCACAGGUUGCUAUAAUCUUCUGUGCUCAGGCUUUAUUCAAAUCAACAGUGAGAUAGCAAUGGGAGCAAGCAUCUCUCCUGUUUCUGGCUACCGCAAUUCCCAAUAUGAUAUCAGUAUACUUGUCUGGAAGGAUCCAAAGGAGGGACACUGGUGGAUGCAGUUUGGGAAUGACUAUGUGCUGGGAUAUUGGCCUUCAUUCUUGUUCUCAUACUUAGCAGAGAGUGCAUCAAUGAUAGAAUGGGGAGGUGAAGUUGUGAACUCAGAGCCCAAUGGUGAGCACACUUCAACUCAAAUGGGCAGUGGUCAUUUCCCUGAAGAAGGGUUUGGGAAAUCAAGCUACUUCAGGAACAUUCAAGUGGUUGAUUCCUCUAACAAUCUCAAAGUCCCCAAAGGACUUGGGACUUUCACUGAGCAGUCCAAUUGCUAUGAUGUUGAAACAGGCAGCAAUGAAGAUUGGGGUCAUUACUUUUAUUAUGGAGGCCCUGGCAGAAACUCCAAUUGCUCCUGAGGAUAUUAUUUAAUGUAUCAUUCACCCUAGUUAUGCAUCUUCUGUAUACCCUUUUCUUUUCUUCUUUUUUUAAUGUUAGGUUGGGUUAGUAGUAGUGAUGUGUUCUCUCUCUAGUGGCAAGUUUUGACUCUUUUUUUCUUUCUUUUAACUAAAAUAUUCUCCAUGUAAGUGGUUUGGAAUAUGGCCAAGUCUAAAAAAACAGGCCUUUGUUUACUCUAUUUGUUUGUAAACUCCUCUCUGGUUUGUGAAUCAAUCAAUUUCUUUCCUCUAAA